CUCCAAGGUAAUUAUCUCAUAACACGCAUCGCUUUACUAAACGCGUCUGAUUCUAUAGCACAUAUACAUCAUGGGAAAGACAACUACACCAGAAUUGAAAAAAUAUAUGGACAAGCGUCUCUCUCUUCAAUUAAACGGCAACCGUAAAGUUACAGGUGUUCUUCGUGGUUUUGAUCCCUUCAUGAACAUCGUUUUGGACGAAACUGUUGAAGAAAUCAGUGCUACAGAGAAGCACAAUAUUGGCAUGGUGGUUAUUCGUGGUAACAGCAUUUCUAUUAUGGAAGCUCUUGAACGUAUUUAAACAAGCCAUUGAAUAAAGAAAGAAGUUCU